GGAUUUUUCUGUUUUGCUCUGGCCUUCUACGGAUUGAUCCCAGCUGCCUGCUGGAGAUACACGCACAGCACAGAGGUGGAAGACAGCAUGAUGGAUGUGUACGAUUUUGUGUACGAGGAAGUGAGGAGGAAUGCCUCCAACUUCAGGAGGCACGAGCUGACUGCCAUCCACGAAGCAUUCCUGUGCUGUGGGAAGCACUCUCCAUUUGGGGACACGACCAAUGUCGAGCGCACGACGUGCCCACCUGGCGAGGUGCACGACACGGGACAGGACUGCCUGCGGAAGAUCCAGGACUUCCUGAAGAAGCACACAGACUUUGUCUCCACACUCCUGGGCAUCACCAUCGGCUUCAUGGUUUAUGGGAUGAUCCUGACUUCAUUCCUUUGGUUCUCCAUCCACUUCAGCAGCAACCUGGACCGGAAAGGCAAAUACAUCCUGCGAGAGAGGUAG